AUGUGCGUGAAACAGCGAAUAAAUAACAUGGAUUUAUUCCAAAUUUGUUUGAAAUUUUCAUUCCUUAUUACGUAAGGCGAAAUGUUGGUUCUACGUAGGAUUUUUUCGUAUUACUCUGAAUUCUAAUAAUAAUAAUAAAAAAGAUGAUUUUAUAUAUAUUUAAUGCAAAUUUGAUUAUGAUUACAAAGUAUUGCGUGAGUAAAGUUUAACUAUUUUGAGUACAUCAAAGAAAUUUCACGUAAAUGGUGCUUAUGAAAUAUUCUUUUAAAAGUUUGCUGUUUAAAUAUUUGCGUGGUAUAUGUAGAACAUGUGCAUUGAUUUGCUUGCUUAAAGUGACUUUAAAUCAAGAUAAAUACAUACCGAAAAUGUAUAGUAUUAGUAAAUAUUGUCCAGUUGUUCAGCAUUGUCUGAUUAUUCUAGAGUAGUCUAACACUUAUGUGUACAUAUAUAGCAUCUUUAUAUAAAUUCAUAAUUAAAGGCUAUUUAUAUUUAGUGAUAAAGUCAUAAUACUGUGAAGUGCAACACAGUUUACCAAAAUAAUCUUGAAAGUCAUAGCAUACUUACGUUGAGCAAUAUAUGAGCCUCGUGCAUAGUGUGUUUUAAUGUGUUUAUAUUCAUGUGUGUGUAUACAUUAUUCAGAAAACUAGUGAAGCAUCUUAAGAAUAAAUCUGGGUAGCAUUUAAUGUAACAAACACUUUUUAUAUUCAUGCAGAAUAGAAACUUGAUCAUGCGGUAUAUAGCAAAUCACAUGCAAUCAAGAUUUUGCUUUGUGCUAUCUUUAUGAUGAAAAAAAAAUUCAUUUUUGUUAAGUAUGUAUCUAGUCAAAUGGGAAAAAGUAUUUAAAAAGUAUGUAUGCUUAUUCACUGCAAAGAUAGGUGCAUGUGUGUAUAGUAUGUAAUGAGUUAUUUAGAUGAAAGAAUUAUUUUAAAUAGUGUAUGUGUCUUCACACAGGAGAGAAACAUCUUAUCAGUGAUUUAUGUGAAAAAGACAGUAUUUUAAUUCAUGAUUUAUGUAAAAAAGAGAGUAUUUCAAAAAGAGGCUAUUUUAAUGGAGCAUAUUUUUAUCCGCACUAGAGAGAAACCUCACAUGUGUGAGGUUUGUAAGAAGUCAUUUAUAAGAAAAGGUGAUUUAUUCAAGCAUGUUCUUAUUCACACAGGAGAAAAACCUCAUGUGUGUGAAAUAUGCAACAAGUCAUUUGGAAGAAAGAGUAUAUUGAAAGAGCACAUGCUUAUCCACACAGGAGAAAAAUUUCAUGUGUGUCAGGUAUGUAAUAAGUCAUUUAGACAAAAGAGUAAUUUGAACACACAUGUGCUUAUCCAUAUAGGAGUAAAACCAUAUGUAUGUCAAAUGUGUAACAAGUCAUUUAGACAAAAGGGUGAUUUAAAUAUACAUAUGCUUACUCACACAGGACAAAAACCUCAUGUGUGUGAAGUGUGUAAUAAAUCAUUUGGACAAAAAGGUAAUUUAAAUACACAUAUGGUUAUCCACACAGGAAGAAAACCUCAUGUAUGUGUGAUAUGUGGCAAGUCAUUUGGAAUAAAAAGUAACUUGAAAGAACAUAUGCUUAUUCACACGGGAGAGAAACCUCAUGUGUGUGAAGUAUGUAAUAAAUCAUUUGGACGAAAGGGUAAUUUAAAAACACAUAUGCUUCUUCUUCAUACAAAAGAAGAUCUCCAUCCGUGACAUACUUUGGAAGGGAAGUUAGGCUAAUAAGAAUAUUACCUUUUUAUAUAGGUGGCAGCUUGUCUGUAUAAUAGAGAAACCAUAUUACAAAAGGAUGGAUCAUGUCAUUUUGGCUAAAUACUUAAUAAAUCAUUUAUUUGUAAGCAGAGGAGAAAUACCCAAUAUAUGCGAGUUGGGAGUGAAUUUAAGGAAUGGUGAUUUCAAGUUACAUUUGGGUCUCUAUUGUAUGUGAGAAAUCUUUCUUAUGAAAGAAGAAAAUCUAGCAGUGAAAAAUUUUGAGACUUAAUAUCUUGCCUAGAAUCAAUGACUAUAAAUCUCCUCCCCCUUUUUUUUUUCAAUUUUAUGUUUUUCCCUUGAAUGACAUAUAUUAAAAUAUUUAGUGAAAAACAAGAACUUGAAAUAUGCUGUUUCAUAACAGCAAAGUUCGUUCAGUACUCUCCCAUCCCCGCCCUUUUUUUUUUUUUUUUUUUUUCCCAAUUUUGUGUUUUUGCCCUGAAUGACAUUUGUUAAAGUGUUUAGUGAAAAACUCAAGAACUUGAAGUAUGCUGUUUUGUGACAUCAUGUUUAGCAUUGGAGAUGCAA